AUGACAGGUGAACAACUAGAGUCAAAGACAUCAAAGGGAACACAAAACAUUAACAAAGUUAUUGAUAACGAUAACGACAAUGACAAUGAUGAUGAUAAAUUUCAAACUGAACAAGUUUAUGACGUAGAAGAUGAAAUACAAGAUUGGAAAUUCUUGAAUAAAUCAAGUAUACCGAAAAGAGGUACCAAAGAAUUUGAACCUGAUGGAACAAAUUUUCAAAUUUCAGCAUUAGAACAAUCACAAAAAACAAUGUUUCAAGCAAUUAGUAAUGUUAGAGGACAUCAUGCUACUAAAAAAUUAAUUGGAAUUUGGAUACCCACUGAUCAAUAUUGUUUUAUUCCACAAAUUCGAGGUAAUUAUUUCAAAGAUUUAGGGAGAGCAAUAAAUAUUGGGAGAUUUCAAGGGAUGAGAUUGAAUAGUUUGGAAACAAUUUAUUUGGCAGAAAGAGGAUCUUUGGUCGUGUAUUUAGGGAAUGAGGAGUACUGUAAUUGGCUAUAUAAUACCACUGAUGAAAACGACAAGGAUGAAGACGAAAGUGUAUCGUUUGACGUUGAAUCAAAGCUAGUUGCAUUGGAUUUGGAAUAUUUGUAUAGUUUGUUAACUAUUUCACUUCCAGACUACCAAGUUUAUGCUUAUUUGAAAAGAUUGGGAUAUAUCAUACAAGAAUAUAAAGUACAUGAUGAUGAUGAUGUGGUGACAACUUCAACAUCGACAAAGAAAUCCAAACCAGAACUGGUGGUUAAUUUCACUUUAUGGCCUCGUGAGUGGGGGAUCAUGGCAUAUCCUUUUUUCCAUUCACAACAUUUCAAAACUAAACAUUAUUUCAAAUACACUGAUGUCUUUAAGAAUCUAAAGUUGAAUUUUAAACCAAUUGAGUGCAGUCCAACUGAAUCAAACAUUAACAUAACAUUCAAUGUAUGGAAACCAUCGCCAUCAUUUUCUAAAAAGACCCCACCACCGCCAGAUUUUCAAUUAUGUGUUGUUGACACAUCCAAGAAUACCGAUUUCUUGAAUCUUCCACAAAUUCAAAGAUUGCUUUUCCAAUUAUCACCACCGCAAAAGCCAACCAAGAAGAUUAAAUCUACUAAUAAAAUGGAAUCAAAACGAGAUAUUCGCGCAAGAAGAUAUGCUGAACGUCAAGCUAAAUUGGAUAAACAAUUACAAUUAAAGAAUGAAUAUUAUAGACUACGUGACGAUUGUUUCAAAAAUGGUGGUCAACCAGUUAUUCUUGCUAUUGUUAAUAAUGGUAUUAUGAAUUUCAUAUCUUUAUCACCAGGUCAAUUUAAUUCAUUACAAAGUGUCAAAUCUCGAUUAAAUGAAAUAUACCCUGAAAAAAUGCAUUCAAUCAUAUAUAAUGAAUGA